CGGUAAGCGCGUGAAUAUCUUAAUGAAAAGUGACUCGCUCACAGGUGGGCGUAAGUGUAAGCAGUUCAGAGCUGUGUUCCCACAUUCCCUAAAGCUCGGAGGGGGCGACACAACAGCAUGCCUUUGAAGCGGGCGAGAAACGCAGGAGCUGCCCAGGAUAAAGAACAGCUGAGCCGGGAGAUGCGACAGAGCAGACUGGCUCUCUUCAUUCAGCAGUUUGAGAAAGAAGCACAAGAGCGUGUGAACGAGCUCGAGGCCAAAAUGGAGAACGUGUUGUCAACAAUGGACAAAGUUUUCAAAGUGGAGCUUAUGAAGAUGCCCCCGUCUCUUCAAAACACCAUCAUAGGGGAUUCAAUAAGUGAGGAGGAAAUCUCAGCAAGUGAUGUGUCAAUCGCCAUGAAGAAUGAGUCCCUUGAGGUGCAGCAGUCACUCAGGAGAGUACCCAGUAAAAGAGUAAAAUCAACUGGUUCUACACCAGGUCAGUCCACCCCGGCUCAGAGGUCCUCAUCCAAGACCUCUAAAGGAGGAAAGGGGACAAAAAGGACCAGGACAUUGGCUGGUAGUAGCAGCACUGGAAAUCUUAGGGGCUCCUCAGUCACUGCCAAAAGGACUCAGAGUCACGUGACAAAGACCAACGAGCAGACCAUACAGACCAAACCUAAACUCAGGUCUGUCGUCUCUGCUGGUGAUCUGCACUGUUCAGUGGUGGGCUCCGCCGCACACAUCACUGUAACCACAGCACAGGGGCAGACUGUCAGUUUUUCUGAGGAGACCAAGGAUGAAAUUAACUUGGAUUUGCUGGAUGACAUGGCUUGGUGCCAGAUUCAGAGGCUCACGUCUCUCUGUCAGAUGGACGUUCUGCUGGCCUCCAAAACGGUACCUGAGGCGUGCAGAAGUUUGGAGAAGCCAAGAGAACGGGACUUGGACAUGAGAGAAGUCAUAAUGAGAACCGAGUGGCAGCUGACAGCCCGGCCAAGCUGUCUGUCAUAUCCUUCUUCUUCUCUGUCUGUCUUUCACGCAAGUACGUUGUCAACAGAAGACAUGCACCCUAACAGGCCUCUGCCCAGGUGGUCUCUCUGGGUAGCCAGUGGCCUGCAGAGUACAAGAUGCUGAAAUUUGAAGCAACCUUGCUGGCAGGAGCAGAAUUCACUGUGAGGUCUGGGCUUGAGAUGUUUAAAGAGACAGUUCACUCCAAAAUGAAAAAUACAUAUUUUCCCUCUCAGCUGUGGGGCCAUGUUUCCAUCUAGAUUGUUUUGGUGUGAGUCUCUCAUCUAUGAGUUGAUACACAUUUCCUUCUGCUCUGUGAUAUGGUGUUGUCUGAUUAGAAAAUAAUUCCUAAAAUCCUCACAACAAAGUCUGCAGAUUAUCUUGAGUAACGAGGUCACGAUUUCUGGAAAGAGGCACUGCUUUUCAAAAAUAGUUUUUGGCAAUUUGAGCACCACAGGCCAGGUGUGGUCUAGUUUCAUUAUGUUCGAGAGAAGGCAGAUAUCGCCAAAGCUUGGCAGUUCACACUAAAACAAACUGAAUGGGUAAAUGGCACUACAACAUAUUUUUGGUUUUGGGGUGAACUGCCCCUUUAAGUGUUACAUGCUUGUUAUUCAGCAAUUAUUUUCUUCAUAUUCCAGGAAAUAAAGGAGAUGAGUCAUAAAUUGUGAUGUGCUGACAGAAUAUCAAGCACACGUGUUCUUUGACAUAUCCCAGAAGCCUUUCAGAAAACCUGACUAAUUACAAUAUCAGUAUUACCUAACAGAGAAAGAACAGUAAAGAUAUGGAAAUGAUUGUCUUAGAUGAGGUGACAAAACACAUUACCUAAGUAUUUGAUCAAAAUGGUCUUAAGACCUAAGCCUUACAUUUUCAGUUUUUCUUUAUGGAAUACUCAGCAAUGGAAACCAAUAAGAAACUAUUUUAAACUGCAGUAAUUAAACAAGCCAGGUUUAACAGUAAUAUUGUCAUGAGGUGCUUGCUACUACACAAGCUUUGUGAGCAGAAUCUUUUGUUCUCAUGAUAACAGGUUGGUUACCUUGUCAUCGCAAGUUUUGUUUUUAUAGAUCGUCUGUUAUCUGUAAUUAUCUCUUGAUCUCAAAAUAAUUGAAAUAAAAAAUAUAAUAAUUGGA